CAUAAUUUUCAUUACAAACCAGCUAAACCUUAAGUUCUAAUUUCUUCUAGUUAAGAUGGCCUCUAAGGUUAUAGCAUCAAGUACCAUUCUUCUUUUAUCCCUGAAUCUCCUAUUCUCCCUGGUCACUUCCACUUAUUGCCCUCCUCCACCUUCACCAAAACCAAAACUACCACCUGUUCAUCACAACCCUAAAUCCCCACCUCAUUCUUCACCAACACCCAAAACUCCCACGACACCUAAGCCAAAAACUCCCCCUUCACCCAAGCCAAAAUCUCCACCAACACCGCCUACCCCGGUAACACCUCCUGUAGUCGCAACGCCACCUACGGUGUCAACACCUCCUUCAUCAGCAACUUGCCCCAGAGAUGCUCUAAAAUUGGGUGCUUGCGCAAAUGUGCUCGGAGGCUUGACUGGCCUCGUUGUCGGAACCCCAUCAAAGGAGCCAUGCUGCAGCCUCCUCAAUGGUCUCGCAGAUAUCGACGCUGCUGUCUGUCUCUGCACAGCCAUUAAAGCAAAUGUGCUGGGUCUUAACCUCAACGUUCCCGUUGAUUUGAGCUUGCUCCUCAACUACUGUGACAAGAAGGUUCCCACUGGCUUCAAAUGCGAGUAGUUUUCACUGUCAUACGCAUUCGAAUGUCAUUGACGUGUCUCUCUCUUCUUGUCUUAUUUUGUAGUACGUGCAUGCACCUAUAUUUGUAGUGUCAUAUAAUAGGCACCUCGCCUUCUUUUCCAUUCAGUUUAAAUAUAUACACGAAUAAAGAGUUAUUAGUCUU